UAGUUCUCUGCGAAGUUUAGCUACCGGCUAACCACCAACUUCUCCAGCGCCGUUACCGAGCUGACAGCGCCGCCGCCUACAACUUCAGAAUGCUAAACGGGCUGCGUGUAGAUGGCGGAGAGCAAUGACUGAGGAGUUUGACGAAGAUGUGGUAUUUGAGAACUCUCCUCUUUUCCAGUACCUGCAUGAUCUAGGGCACACAGACUUUGAGGCAUGUCCGACGGCAUCGCAGGAGGAGGAAUAUGGUGCACAAGAGGGAGAUGCCACCUCCUCUGGCGACAAGCCACACAAAACUUCAGGAGGACACUUAUGGAGACUGGCUGAGGCCUUGUGGAGAUGGAGCCCGAUUCACCAGGCGGCUGCAUCCCAUAAGCUGGAGCAGCAGCUGGACUGCGUGUUCGGCCAGUACUCGGUGAGGUGCAUUCUAGACCAGGACGUGCUGCUGCAGGAGGACGUGGAGCUGAUCGAGCUGCUGGACCCCAGUCUGCUCACCCUCGGGUCGUCGCCCUCUGGCUUGUCCAACCGAGCGAGCACCCUGCCCAGACCGAGCCUCAUCGCCAGGCCCUCCAUAUGGGACGUGGCUGGGCUGGUCGGCCUGGCUGCAGUGCUGCUGGGACUCUGUUCUGCCUCCGAGGGUCUGUGGUCUCUGGCUGCAGCCCCGUGGGGUCUGGCCCUGCUGGGCUGGGUGGGGCUGAGGGGGGUCACGCUGUGGAGACGGGGCCGGAUGCAGAGAGCCGUCCACACCAGGGCCACCCAGCUCCAGGCUCUGGUCCACAACAGCAAGACUCUCACCGGACUGUCCCGCAAAGCCCUGCGUCUGGUGCAGGAGACCGAGGUCAUCUCCAGAGGGUUCACCCUUUUGCUCGACAGGGUGAGUGCGGCCAGCUCCUUUAGCAGGGCGGUGCCACGGGCCCAGCAGCUCAUCGGACUGAGGAAGGCCUUGUACCGGGCGCUCCGCUCGGCCUUUAGAGCCUCUCGCAGGGCCACCUGUCACAUGCUCAAGGCGUUCCCUCUGAACUCCGAGAUCGACAACGUGACCAACUACGUGUCCGCGGUGCCUCUGAAGGAGCUGGGCCUCGGCCUGGGAAUCGAACACCUGGGCGACGAGCAGGCCCAGGAGCUGACCGACGACUACAGCCUGCCCGCCCUGAAGAUGCUGUACCAGCUGUGGGUGGGACAAAGCUCCGAAUGUUUCCGUCGGCUGGCUCUCCUCCUCUCGCCGCACCGGAUGGAGGAGCCGGAGGAGGGAGGACCCAAAGGAUCCGCCUCCUCUCCUCCUUGUCCGCCCCCGCUGCACCGGUCCGUCGCCGCGGUGACCGAACCCCUCCACCACGCCCUGGCCAGCUGCCUGGGCGAAGUGCAGCGCAGCUACGACUUCCACCGACACUUCGAGACCCAGCCGAGGGCGACGGGCUCCGACAGGACCGGGCGAGCCAGAGAGAAAUGCCGAGAGCUCAACACCUUGCACACCUCCAUCCGAAGCCUGCAGCUGCACCUGAAGGCCCUGCUCAGCGAGAUGAUCAUCCUGGAGGACGACCUGGAGAAGCUCAUGGUGUCUAAGGAGCUGACAGAGUUGACCCUGGAGGGCUACCAGGACCUCAGCGACCGACUGCACCAGCUGCAGCCUCACAUGCAGGCCAGCGCCGGCUGCUGGGAGGACACCAUCAGCCAGGUGGAGCGCAUGCUGAGACGGGCCAACGCCUGUCCAGGUAAUGCUGAGGGUCUGGAGCAGUGUGGUACUCCUGUAGCUGAAGUCCCUGCUCCUCCUCCAUCCUACCCCCUCAUCCUGGACAGAGACCCCGUACCAGAGGAGCUGGAGUGGGAGGCCUACGUGUCCGACUCGGACUCUGACGGUGAAGACAGAGGCUCGUGGUGCGACUCUUUGUCCCCGGAGGAGCGUGAGCGGCAGCGGCGAGAGAGGGAGGAGUCCCGUCGCGUCCUGUCGGAGCUCAAAGCCGUCCUGGGCUUCAGAGCGUCCGAGGAGGAGAGGAUGAAGAGGAAGCAGCUGCUCUUCAACGACCAAGCUGCUGUGGUGCUUUCAGUUCGCACUGACGGUCCAGAUCCGUCAGACGCUGGCGAAGCUGGCGACGUCGAAGGAAACCACCUAUCGGAGCGCCCCGCAGGAAACAAAGGGGAGGAAGUGGAAGGAAGAGACGGCAGGGUGAGGCCUGACCCCUCCGCAGACCCGGCGGUGACGGAGUUCAGCUGUGGUUUGGAGGGAGGGGAGGUGGGAGGAGCUUCGGUCUGCAGCAGAGGAGGAGGAGGAGCAUCGGAGCUGCACCAGUACGACGGCGACGUGGAGGAGGGGGACGGUCAGAACGGUGUGGACUGCUUCCUGAAGCCUAAAGUCACGGCCGUGUCCGUGAUGGACAGACUGACAGAGAUCCACGGCUCCGAGGCCCUCAGCUUCAGCUCCUCGGUCGCCGCUCAGGUGGCCGCCCGCUCGCACUCGCUCAUCAACAUGGAGGAGCAGACGUUCGGAGACGACGGGGAGGACGAAGAAGAUGGAGACGAGGACUAAAACCCGCUGCUUUACCCGAGCACUGAGCAGAGACCGUAUUUAUGUCUGAUUGUCUUUUAUCGGUGGGUCUGUGUUCCAUCUUCACCGUUUCUGGCGUGGAGGUAUCUCAGAUCACUCUCCACUACCAUCCGUCCACGUUACCGUGCAUCACCCACCAUCCUUACUGCUCUUUUGCUGUUUAAAACUCAGGUACCAGAACCACUACAACAAAACACGGCCUCACGUCGUUGAGGUCGGGAGGACAGAAUGUCUGCAGUUUACCCGGUGACAUCCACACGGUGUAUAUUGAUCACAAUCAUCCAGUAAAUGUGGAGGAAACACGUGGUUGACGUCACGAUGAAACACGUGUUGCUGUAAUCGAAACACUCCGGCCUGAGGUGGAAAUCUCUGAAGAUGAAUGUGCCUGCUUGUGUUUAUCCAGUGUACCAACUGAACAGAGUUUUAUUUUUAUCACAUCUCUUAUUGAUAUUUUAUGAGCAAACAAACCAACAUGUAGCAAACAAGUAUGUUGUCAGAUGUCAGUAAGCAUCUGUGAUUAUGAAGGAGAAAAAUCCAUUUCCCCACAUCGUGUUUUCCACUUCCUCCUGGGGAAUCCCUAGAUGAUCCCAGGUCAGAUGAGAUAUAUGGCACUUUUCCACUAGCACCUAUUCGACUCGACUCGACUCGGUUUGUGAGGUUUCCCAUUAGUACCUGGUACCAGAUAUUAUUUUAGUACCUACUUGGCCGUGGUUCCAAGCAACACUACACAGCAUGCAUAUUUUAAUACCUAAUAGCGAUAAAUUGCAGCCAUUCCAGGGUUGUACACAGGGCUGAUAUAUGAUAACUGUAUUGAACUAGCAUUAGCUUACCCUCAUACAUCGUCUAGUUCGUAUCUUCUUGUCUUCAGCUUGAUGCUGCUGUAUCGCCUCCCAAACUCUCCUGUUCUCCUGAGUGUUUCGAUUCGCUGCCCUCACCUUUCUCUGACUCUCUUCUGUUACUUUGAAUCUGACAAAAAGCCACAGACCGAGCAGCAGGUGUAACAUCGAGGUGAUAGUCGGCCCGCCGUGCUGCAAUGACUCCACCCACGAUGAGGUGGUACUCAGUUGUAAUGGAAAACGACCGAGUAGGUGCUAGUGGAAAAGCACCUAUAUAUAUAAUCCCUCCAGAGAAUUCUUGGUCUUUCUCCUAGCUAGAUGUAUCCAGAAACCUCCUACGAAAGAUGCCCGGCUGGUUUCUUUUUCCGUGAAAGAAGCAGGUCUUCACUUGAUUUCUACGGCUCGGUUCAGGCAGUCCUACUGAGGUUUUCAACCGCUUCGAUCUGCAUUUUCGUUCUUCCGGUCACCAUCCAGAGGUUGGAAACUAGAUCGACUGGUGUGUUUAUUUAUCGGGCGAGGUAAAGUCAAACUUCCUGGUCCUUAAAGACCUCCAGGAAGAGGUUCGUUGGGUUAGCUCAGUGUCUCAGCUCCCUCUUCACCACCAAUCUGUCCAUCCGUCUCAUUCUCCAUUUUCCCAUCACACAUGACCAAUAAUCCAAGAUAUUUCAGCUUCUUUACUUGGGUUAGCAAAGGAAGCAAUCCACCAUUGGACAGGAGAGAACAAAAUCUCAUCACCGGCCACUUCACAAAGAUCUACAAACUGGUUUAAUGAAGCUAACAGAACCACAUCGUCCGCAAAAAGACAAUGUUAACCGAUGUGAAGACCCAUGAGCUGUGCAGGAACCUCCAAACCAGGGGUGUCAAACUCAUUUUAGUUCAGUUCCACGUUCAGCCCAAUCUGAUCUCUAGUCACCAGUAAAAUCACAGCAUAACAACCUAUAAAUAACCACAACUCCUAAUGUUUCCUUUGUUUUAGUGCAAAAAAGCACAUUCUGAAAAUGUUCACAUUUAAGGAAGUAUCUUUCUACAAAACGUUAUGUACAACCUGAAAUUUAUGAAGAAAAAUAAGUUCAAUUUCAACAACAUUCAGCCUCAGUUUAUCAUUUCCACAUUACAACUUCCAGAUCACAGAGUGUCUACAAAGGAACACAACAUUUAGUCACCGGUAUCUCGAACUGAAUGACACAGGAUUUUACUUUCAAAAAAAGACAAAAAACAAGACAAAUAUUGCAAAAAUGACACACAAACAACAAAAGCGAGAAACAAAAUGACAAAAAGAUGAGACAAAUGACACGAAACAAAUCAAAAAUGUGACAAAAAAUUUGACAAAAGUUACAAAGCGAUCAAAAAAAGACAAAACCGUUAAAAUAACAAACGAUACACAAAACAAUGAAUAAAGCAAAACAAAAUGAAAACAUGGCAAAAACAUGACACAAAUAAGUCAGACAAAAAACAAGAAGACUAAAAAUAACAGAAACAAGAUAGAAUAUUACAAAAAUGACACACAAAAGCGAGAAACAAAAUGACAAAAAAUGAGGCAAAUGACACAAGACAAAACAAAAAAUUAGACAAAAAAAAUUACAAAAAAAUAUAAAAAUUAGACAAAAAAUGACAAAUCUGUGAAACAAAAUGCCAAAAACGUGACACAAAUGAUAAAAGCAUGACAAAAAAGACUAAAAACAACAAAAACAAGAGAAAAUAUUACAAAAAUGACUGACAAUAAAAUGAGACAACAUGAAACUAAACAAAAAAGACAAAAAAGUUACAAAGUGACAAAAGACAACACAAGUGAGACAAAAGGGAAACAAAUGACAAAAACUGCACAAAAUGAGUAAAUCAAAACACAAUAUGGCAAAUGUAAGACGAAAAAACACAAGACAAAAAGGAAAUACAAAAUAUUACAAAAAUCGAGACACAAAAUGAAAACAAAUUAGACAAAUGACACGAAACAAAAAAACGAGACGAAAACGUUACAAAAAAUUCACAAAUGACACAAACAAGACCAAAAAUGACAAAAGAGAGAAUCAAAACAACAAAGAUGAGACAAAAAACACAAGCGAGACAAAAAGGAAACACAAAAUGACAAAAACAAAUAAAAUGACAAAAACAUGAGACAAAGAUGAAAAAACGACAAAAUAUUACAAAAAUUGGACAAAAAAACGACAAAAGAACAAUCUAGUCUUUUACUUUAUGAUCAAAACAACUUGUCAUGGUCUAGAAAUUAUUUUAAAUUUAUAAUUUUACAAAUUUACAAUCUGCAGUUAAUGUCUUCUCUAGAAUUUUCCACUUUGAGGGCCGGAUUGGACCCUCUGGAGGACCGGUUUUGGCCCUUGGGCCACAUGUUGGACACCCCUGCUCCAAAGUGUCCUGAAGUGCAAUUUUUGAGUCAACGAUCUGCAGUUUGGACGAUUUGGGGGUUGAAUAAACACCAACGAUCCUCCCUCUGAUUUCCUGCCGGCAGACAGAUUGGUGUUAGAGGAGCUCUGAAGGAAGAGGAAGCGCUAUUUUUACCGUCACCGCUUUAUUUCUGAGCGGCCUCCUUAUUUCUGAGAUCCAUCUCUGCGCCGUCUUGAUGGCCGAACAUACGGUCUAUUCACAAUCCCCUUUCCACUUUGGAAUAAAACACGACUACAUCUAAGAACAGUCCCGUUUUCUCAGCGUCUGUGUUUACAGGGGCAGCAGAGAGGUCGGUUUAAGGGUUGAAAUGUCAAUUGAAUCAACUGCUGGUGAUUUCAAUCUACAACUUUAUGUUUCAUUUUGAGAGCCCUGAUGUUUCCCUCUUCCUCCUCCACCUCCUGCUCUCUCUUGUCACCAUGUCUGCCUUGUCCUGACCCCUCCUGCAUUUUCCAGUGUGAAAUAAAACACCGUUCUUGAUGUGUUCGA